AUGCAGUGUGACACUGUUCCCAGCAGUCUGCGCGCUUCGAAACGUAAUGCAUUUACAGCGGGCUCCGUGAUAUCCAUCGGAGGAGCUGUAAUCAAGCGGAGCCAAGGUACAGUACGAGAACCAGCUGAUUUUGCUCAUCCUAGUUCCGUGCACUGCAUUUUAGACCUGUCGAAUAUAUGUACAUUAUCGCUCAUUCUGAACGACUCAGCUUUCGUUGAUGUGGAGCCCCGCGACCCUGAAGCGGAAUGUCUUCAUCGACUGUUUCUUACUGGUCUAUUCGACACAACACCAUCGGAAGACUAUUUUACAUUUGAUGGCACAGCUCUUCGUGUGAUUGGUCGUCUCAGUGAAUACUCCACCGAAGCGUCAACUGUUAUGGCUAGGAUUUGUAGCAUUCAUUACGAAGCUUUGGUAUACCUAGGUUGCACCACGUGUAGAAGGUAUGCUAUUCAAGGUCCUGAUGGUGUUCAACCGUGCCAAAAUUGCCAAAGCAAGAAGGCUCGGUAUUUUUACUCCCUUCAUGCAGAGAUAGCGGACUUCAGCGGUGUAAUAGAAGUACACUUUUCUGACGAGGCUGCAGAGAAAUUGAUCGGGAAGCCGGCUGGUGGAAUGGUGAAGCUGCAUAAGGAUUUGUUACGAACUAAACUGUCUCCACUCUGCUAUCGUCCGAUGCUUUUCCGUAUUUCUCAGCAAAGUUCGAGAUGGUUCAUCGAUGACUGGAAACAACUCGAAAUUCCGCGAUUCAAACUGUUUCUGAAGAAUAUUGCUGAGCAAAAAGGUUACAAGUGA